CAUAACGUGAAUUCAACUAUAGUACCGACUUCAUUUUCCCCGCAAUUGUGUUACGUCUUUUUUCCAGUACAUGCCAUGUUUGUUCAUUCAACACAUGUUCUGUAUAUCGCAUGUAGUUAAAAUACAUCCUGGGUUAUUUUGGAACCCGACAGAAGAUUUUUAUCGAAUGAAAGAUAAGUAAAGAAUUAAAACUAUUCAAAACAAGAAAUUAUGGCAACUAGUAAAAAUCCUCAAGCAGUAUUCCCACCGGGUUCCGAUGUUUAUGAUGUUCCGAUCAUCAUCACUUUUGAGGAUCAGCAGAAGAUCAAUAGAUUUGCACGGCUAAACGCCAAGUUGGAGGAUUACAAGGAAGAGAUUAAAAUCAAACAAAAUAGCAUAAAAAACCUAGAUGAUGCUUCCGAUGAAUUAGCUCUUCUAGAUGACGCCGUCAAGAUCCCUUAUCAGUUCGGGGAAGUAUUUGUAGCUCAUAAUCUGGAAAAGACACAGCAUUGUCUUGAAGCAGCCAAAGAGAAAAAACAAGCUGAAAUUACUGAAUUAGACAAGAAAUGUGCAAGCUUGAAGUCAGUAAUGUCCGAAUUAAAAACACAACUUUAUGCGAAGUUUGGCGAUCACAUCAACUUGGAAGCAGAUGAUAAUUGAUGAAUGAAUCAUCAAGCAUUUGAUAUGCAUUAAUUAAUUACACUAACGUCAUUAACGAGUAUGCCCACAUUUAUUUAAAGUUAAUGUCAAUGCCUUACGAUGACAAAAUUAUACAGAGUUCAAUGGUGCAUUCACCAUCGGUCAUCGAAUCAUUAGUGUUAUUCUCCAGUGAAUGAUUCUUACAAGUACAUACUUUGCAUAAUUAUUUGUAAUCGCUUUUCAUACACUACUGUAAAUGAUCUGGAGACACGCGAGACUGAUCAAUAAAUUUUCGUUAACAUUUUAA